AUGAUAUGUUUUAUACGCCGCAGGGUUCAAAGCGGUAGGGUCCUUUAUGAGCAUCCACUAAAUGAGGAUUUCACACUUUGUCUUCCAGCGUGCGCCUCGGGCUUCUUCAAGCCGACCCAGGGAGACCAGUCCUGCUCCCAGUGUCCCAUCAACAGCCGCACGACCAGCGAGGGCGCCAUCAACUGCGUCUGCCGCAACGGCUACUACCGCACCGACUCAGACCCCUUCCAGAUGCCCUGCACCACGGUGCCCUCGGCUCCACAGACGGUGAUCUCCAGCGUCAACGAGACCUCGGUCAUGCUGGACUGGGUGGCUCCCCGGGACUCGGGCGGCCGCGAGGACGUGGUCUUCAACAUCAUCUGCAAGAGCUGCGGCGGCGGGCGGGGAGGCUGCACGCGCUGCGGGGACAACGUUCAGUUCUUGCCCCGCCAGCUGGGCCUGACGGAGCCCCGGGUCUACAUCAGCGACCUGCUGGCCCACACGCAGUACACCUUUGAGGUGCAGGCGGUCAACGGGGUGUCGGACCAGAGCCCGUACUCCCCCCAGUACGCCUCCGUCAACAUCACCACCAACCAGGCGGCGCCGUCCAGCGUGUCCAUCAUGCACCAGGUGAGCCGCACCGUGGACAGCAUCACCUUGUCCUGGUCUCAGCCCGACCAGCCCAAUGGAGUCAUCCUGGACUACGAGCUGCAAUACUACGAGAAGGACCAGUCGGAGUACAACGCCACCACCCUCAGAAGCCAGACCAACACUGCGCUCAUCCGGGGCCUCAAAUCGGGGAACAUCUACGUUUUCCAGGUGCGGGCCCGCACCGUCGCCGGCUUCGGACGCUACAGCGGCAAACUGUACUUCCAGACCAUGACUGAAGCCGAGUACAACAUCAGCAUCCGGGAGAAGCUGCCCCUCAUCAUCGGCUCUGCGGCUGCCGGCCUGGUCUUCCUCAUCGCCGUGGUGGUCAUCGUCAUCGUGUGCAAUCGGAGGCGUGGCUUGGACAGGGCGGACUCGGAGUACACGGACAAACUGCAGCAUUACACCAGCGGCCACAGAAUGAAGAUCUAUAUUGAUCCGUUCACGUAUGAGGACCCCAACGAGGCGGUGCGGGAGUUCGCCAAGGAGAUCGACAUAUCCUGCGUGAAGAUUGAGCAGGUCAUCGGCGCAGGGGAGUUUGGCGAGGUGUGCAGCGGGAACCUGAGGCUCCCCGGCAAGAGGGAGAUGUUCGUGGCCAUCAAGACCCUGAAGACGGGCUACACGGAGAAGCAGAGGCGGGACUUCCUCAGCGAGGCCAGCAUCAUGGGCCAGUUUGACCAUCCCAACGUCAUCCGCCUGGAGGGCGUGGUCACCAAGAGCAGCCCCGUCAUGAUCGUCACCGAGUUCAUGGAGAACGGAUCUCUGGACUCCUUCCUCAGGCAAAACGACGGGCAGUUCACCGUCAUCCAGCUGGUUGGCAUGCUGCGUGGCAUCGCCUCGGGCAUGAAGUACCUGGCUGACAUGAACUACGUUCACCGUGACCUCGCCGCCCGCAACAUCCUGGUCAACAGCAACCUGGUGUGCAAGGUGUCCGACUUUGGCCUCUCACGCUUCCUGGAGGACGACACCUCGGACCCCACCUACACCAGCGCCCUGGGCGGCAAGAUCCCAAUCCGGUGGACCGCACCUGAGGCCAUCCAGUACAGGAAGUUCACCUCGGCGAGCGACGUGUGGAGCUACGGCAUCGUCAAGUGGGAAGUCAUGUCCUACGGGGAGAGGCCCUACUGGGACAUGACCAACCAAGACGUCAUCAACGCCAUCGAGCAGGACUACCGGCUGCCUCCUCCCAUGGACUGUCCCAGCGCCCUGCACCAGCUCAUGCUGGACUGCUGGCAGAAGGACCGCAACAACCGGCCCAAGUUCAGCCAGAUCGUCAACAACCUGGACAAGAUGAUACGCAAUCCCAACACCUUGAAGGCAAUGACCCCGCUAUCGUCAGGCGUCCACCUGCCUCUGCUGGACCGCAGCGUCCCAGACUUUUCCAGCUUCAGCACGGUGGACGAGUGGUUGGACGCCAUCAAAAUGGGUCAAUACAAGGACAACUUUGCCAACUGCGACUUCAGCACUUUGGAGGUGGUGUCGCAGAUGACCAUGGACGACAUCCUGAGGGUGGGCGUGACGUUAGCGGGCCACCAGAAGAAGAUCCUCAACAGCGUCCAGAUGAUGCGGGCCCAGAUGAACCAGAUCCAGUCCGUGGAGGUCUGACCUUUCCCCGAGCGGAGUCGCGGUCCUGCAGGCGGUCAGGACGCGGGCCUGGCGGGCACCGAGGACGGAGCGGACGCUUAUCCAGUGUGGCGUUCUCCUCCACUCUUUACCCCCACCCCCCACUCCUCACCCCCCACCCCCCUCAUCCUCAGGGGUUGGCCAUGGAGACUUCUGAUGGCAAAAAAACAAAAAACAAAAAAAAAAAACGCGUGACCAGCAACACUUUUUUUCUCUUCCAACUUUCACCACUUUUCAUUGGUACUUUGCUUUCUUCUCGUCAUUUUGUAAAGAAUUUUGUAAGGAAAAGGAGACAAACGGAGAAAAUGCAAGGAGCUUGUGGACAUUGAAAGACGAGAUGAGCUUGUAGAGCGUGGGCAAGCUCCCCUUUAAAAGGAAGGCUGUGGACGUCGCCACCAUCAAAUGGACACUUUUGCCGCAGAAUGCUGUCAGGGAAAAAAAAAAAAUCUCCUUCAUUUUUAAUAUUGUGUGAAAUGUUGUGCUGAAGACCCCCAGGAUAGGCCACAAUAUUUGGUGGACAUAUCAAGACUCCACACAGCUGCUGAUCUUUUGCAAAGCAUGCUGGGUAACCCAGCCAACGUACCCGCCCCCUUCUUCCAAAUAGACUGGACAAGCUCUGCACUUUCUCCCUCAUAAUGUUCAAUAUUCUCUUUCUUUUGGGCUUUUCUUCUGCAAAGAGUCGACUGCAACACGACACAAACGCAGCAGCCCCGAUGGCGUCGAGAAUGAGGGGCGUGUCCUUACGCCAUCGGUCCACGCAUGCGCCAAGUCAAUCACGUCACUUCCGUUUGACAGCAGCUCUUUUUUUUGCAGACGCAGUCACUGAAACUGUGCUUCGGUUUCUCCUUUAAUCUUCACUCGGACAACUUAACACAUCAUUUAAAAACAUGUGCUCAGCAGCCUUAAAUGGCAAACAAACCAAUACUUUAUUUACAUCAAUUCACAAUACUGAUUAUUUAAAAGUCUACAUUUUGAUAUAAAUUUAAGUUACAGUAAGUGCCUUUUCUUAAAGCAUUAACAAAUAUAUAUAUAUGACGCAAUAAGUGUCAGUGGGUCAUUCAUGGCAAUGACAGAAGAGUGAAAAAGGGUGGACAUUUUGGCGAUAAUACUCCCAGAUGUAUUUUUGUUUUGAAUGCCCCCAUUUUUCAUCUUCAUAAUCGUGUUCCCUUUACUCCAAGGUAAGCUAUUAAUUAUACAAAAUAUUAGUAAAACAUUGAAAUACAUCGCAGAAGCCACAUCGUAAAAAAAUGCAAGUCCAGGAAGUGACGUUGUCUUCACGCAUGCGUGGACACAUCCUGUUGUCCAGUACCCAUAAACACCAGAAAGGUAGACACAGCAUUAGCUGCUCUAACACGAGAAAUGUGGCAGCCAUCUUGAAGUGGUGAUGAGGAGCUGGCAAGCAGCCUAACCUUUUUUUGAUUGAGUGAAACUUGUAUUAUUAGAUUGCACAGUACAGUACAUAUUCCCUACAACUGACCACUAAAUGCUAACACCCCAAUAAGGUUUUCAACUUGUUUAAGUCCGGGUCCACCUUCAUCAAUUCAUGGUAACUGAUAGUUGACAGCUAGAAAACCAAGAUGUUGUCAGCAUUUUCCCGCUCAAAUGAGUGGACUGUUGAAAAUUGGAAUCGGGGGAUUACUUUUCACAAGUAAGAUUUAACAUUAACGUACUAUUGGUUGUAUUUUGUGAAAAGAAUAUUAGCAUAGAGUUGAGGAGGAGCAAAGAUCUUCAAUAGUACUGAGAUCCUAGCUGCUAGCAAACAAGAGUAUGACCAUUAUAGGAUUGCUUGUCAAUGAAAUUAAUAAAAUAGAAAAAUGUCAUACUAGAAUAACAUAAAGUUGAAAUAAAUGAUGAGGAUAAAGAUGGUAAAAGCCAACAGGGGUAAAAGUCCAGAUUGUGUAGAUGUGGACUGUCCAAUCAGAUGGACAGUGGCUAUACAGCAUUAUACAAGUCUCAAUUCAGUCUAUGGACUGUCCAAUCAGAUGGACUGUGGCUAUACAGCAUUAUACAAGUCUCAAUUCAGUCUAUGGACUGUCCAAUCAGAUGGACUGUGGCUAUACAGCAUUAUACAAGUCUCAAUUCAGUCUAUGGACUGUCCAAUCAGAUGGACGGUGGCUAUACAGCAUUAUACAAGUCUCAAUUCAGUCUAUGGACUGUCCAAUCAGAUGGACAGUGGCUAUACAGCAUUAUACAAGUCUCAAUUCAGUCUAUGGACUGUCCAAUCAGAUGGACGGUGGCUAUACAGCAUUAUACAAGUCUCAAUUCAGUCUAUGGACUGUCCAAUCAGAUGGACAGUGGCUAUACAGCAUUAUACAAGUCUCAAUUCAGUCUAUGGACUGUCCAAUCAGAUGGACAGUGGCUAUACAGCAUUAUACAAGUCUCAAUUCAGUCUAUGGACUGUCCAAUCAGAUGGCCAGUGGCUAUACAGCAUUAUACAAGUCUCAAUUCAGUCUAUGGACUGUCCAAUCAGAUGGACAGUGGCUAUACAGCAUUAUACAAGUCUCAAUUCAGUCUAUGGACUGUCCAAUCAGAUGGACAGUGGCUAUACAGCAUUAUACAAGUCUCAAUUCAGUCUAUGGACUGUCCAAUCAGAUGGACAGUGGCUAUACAGCAUUAUACAAGUCUCAAUUCAGUCUAUGGACUGUCCAAUCAGAUGGACUGUGGCUAUACAGCAUUAUACAAGUCUCAAUUCAGUCUAUGGACUGUCCAAUCAGAUGGACUGUGGCUAUACAGCAUUAUACAAGUCUCAAUUCAGUCUAUGGACUGUCCAAUCAGAUGGACUGUGGCUAUACAGCAUUAUACAAGUCUCAAUUCAGUCUAUGGACUGUCCAAUCAGAUGGACAGUGGCUAUACAGCAUUAUACAAGUCUCAAUUCAGUCUAUGGACUGUCCAAUCAGAUGGACUGUGGCUAUACAGCAUUAUACAAGUCUCAAUUCAGUCUAUGGACUGUCCAAUCAGAUGGACAGUGGCUAUACAGCGUUAUACAAGUCUCAAUUCAGUCUAUGGACUGUCCAAUCAGAUGGACAGUGGCUAUACAGCAUUAUACAAGUCUCAAUUCAGUCUAGCUUUCCAACCCAAUGUUGUGUAACCCACCUUUGUGAAAUACUUUCUUAACAGUAGAAUUGUAAGCAGGAAUAAGUCAUCAAGUAACAAUAUUCAAAUACUAACAAUGCUGGGUAAAACAGAAUUUGCUUUUCUUCUGAAGCCACUGAACCAGAUUGGUGGUUUUAGCUGAUAUGAAGACUGUCAGGUGUUUAUGUUGAAGUAUUUGGCAGACACUUUUAUGCAAAGCGACAUACAUGAAAAAUACAUAUAAAACAAUCAGUGUAAACAUGAUCAUUUAAGGGAAGAAUGUCAUAGAAAAUAUCAACACAAGGUGUCAAGACAGAAUAAACUCUCUGCUGCAACAAGAGAGAUACAGUCCAAAAGUUAUAUAGAUAUCUAAUGUAUUCAUACAUUGGAUAUGUCCUUCACCAUAGCUACAGGUAUGAGAAAAAAGGGGGUGAAAAGGAGUGUUUUCAGUGAAGUAAAAUGAAUAAAAUGUGCUGACAGUUGUUGGCUCCUGCCAAGUGUAUUGCACUGAUCACCACUCCAAGAUGGCCGCCCUACUUCUCGUCAGCGCCAGUAGGCAGUCGCGCUCCAUGCUGCUUACACUUACAACAUGUCUGUGUGGCUUCCUGUCCCGGUGGUCCGACCUCCGUCUGUCUGUGCCCGGUUGUCUUCUCCUGGACACUGAAGCACGUUUCCAGAAGCUUCCAGACCUCAGCGGCCCACCUGUGAACUUUCCACGUGGCUUCAAGCUCGCAGCGGAGAAGCGUGAGCUCACCAAUGAGGAUAAUUCCCGUCCCCGCGUCCUUUCAGCGUGAGUCCGUCUCCAUGUUCCUUCCGCCGUUUUGUUGACAGUUUACAGGCCAGCACGUGACCCGCUGAUGCUGGCGUUGUUGAGCGGAAGUGUGAGUAGCUGUUUCCUGUUUCCUGUUUCCUGCAUGAAGUGUUGAUGUCGGUUUUCAUUUGAAGGCGCACACCAGGAAAGCAGCAGUAGCAUUUGAAGCGGAGCAAUAAUCAGGAGAAGACAUGCUGCAGUCAUUUUUGUACACUGUGAGAAACAUGCCGUGACAAAUGGAAUAAAAGGAAGACAAACAUUUA